AUGGGAUUUGACAUGUUACUCAGCCGUAACACUGUUUCACAGCAACCAAAACAUCUAGUUUCUGAUUCAGUUUCAAUUGUGAUGUCCAAGGAUAAAGACGCUACCAAUUUGUCUCGCACCUUCAAAUACCUUUUAGCUACUCAAUUCUUGUCAAGAGGAAUUCCAUUUAUAUUCAAUACAUGGAUUGUGAGGCAUCUCACAGAAGAGGACUAUGCGAAAGAAUUGAGAGUGCUGCUGAUUGCAUGCUUGCCUAGUCGAAGAUCCCUUGUGGUCUUUGGAAAGCCAGAACCGACCCACUUUAUUGGUGCAAAAUCAUCACUGGUUUUAGAGCUCAGCCAGGUUAUCUUCACUUGGAAUGGAUUCUUUGAGAUCACACUGGAUAAAGGCAUAGUAGCAUGCCAUGCCAUCUUCAUCGUCAUAUGCAGCCCGCACUUGGUUCUCACCAAAAGUGUCCUCUAUUCGGUUCCCAUCGAAGUCAUGGAAAUCUGGGUCUGGAACACUCAUUGA